AUGGAUGAGGAAUAUGAUGUUGUGGUUUGCGGCACGGGCCUAAAGGAGUGCAUAUUGAGCGGUUUGCUCUCUUCUUCUGGAAAGAAAGUGCUGCACUUAGACCGCAACAAUUACUAUGGGGGCGACGGUGCUUCUCUUAACCUUACGAAUCUUUAUAACAAGUUUAAACCCGGCACCUCACCUCCAGCGGAGUACGGGUCUAACCGAGACUGGAACGUCGAUUUAAUUCCGAAGUUUGUCAUGGCCUGUGGCAAGCUCGUCAAAAUUCUCCUCAAGACCAAAGUCACUAGGUACCUGGAGUGGCAAGUCGUGGAAGGGACGUUUGUUUACCAGUAUCAGAAGGCUGGGUAUUUCUCUAGCGAGAAAUUCAUACACAAAGUGCCGGCAACGGAGACGGAGGCGCUGAUGUCUCCUUUAAUGCCUCUUCUUGAGAAGAAUCGCUGCCGCUCUUUUUUCGCCUAUUGUGCCCAGUGGGAGGCAGACAAGCCAGACACCUGGAGGGGCUUUGACCCCAAAAGACAUUCUAUGGAACAGGUGUACAAGUACUUCGGCCUGGAGACAAACACCAUCGACUUUGUCGGCCAUGCGGUGGCUCUGUACCCCAGCGACGAGUACUUGAAGCAGCCGAUGCAGGAGACAAUGGAGAGAAUAAAGUUAUACAUGUAUUCGGUCUCUCGCUACGGUAGAUCUCCCUUUAUAUAUCCAGUGUAUGGAUUGGGCGGCCUCCCUGAGGGCUUCAGUCGCCUCUGUGCUGUUAAUGGAGGUACUUAUAUGCUGGGGGCCCCUGUCUCUUCUUUUGAAUUAGACGAACAGGGGAAAGUUUGCGGUGUAAAAACCAAAGAUGGACAGGUAGCUCGAUGCAAGAUGGUGGUUUGCGAUCCUUCGUACGUGGCGGAACAGUUUCCUUCUCGUUUGCGGUGUACAGGCAGGGUUGUGCGGUGUAUCUGCAUCCUGGGGGCCCCUGUCCCACACACGAAUGGCAGCACCAGCUGCCAGAUAAUUAUUCCUCAACGCCAACUCAACAGGCACAACGACAUUUAUGUAAUGGUGGUCUCCAGCCCCCACGGCAUUUGCCUUAAGGGAAAGACUAUAGCUAUCGUCAGCACCACUGUUGAGACUGACGACCCCGAAAAAGAGCUGGAGCCGGCGUUGAAGCUGUUGGGUAAGAUAGAGGAGAAGUUUGUUGCAGUAAGCGAUAUGAUGGAGUGUACAGACGACGGAAGAGACAGCAAUAUUUUUGUCUCAAAGUCGUUCGACGCCACUUCGCACUUCGAGUCCGCCACCCAAGAUGUCCUCAAAAUGUGGGAGAAUAUGAUGGGGGAGCCCUUAGACUUGACAGCGAAGGCAGACCCUGAGGAUUUGCAAGAACAGUAA